AUGUCAAAAAUAAUUACACUCGUCCAGAAUUCCAAGCUGAACAGUAUCUCCAAAGGUCAAAAGGAGUGGUCUCAAGACAGCGCGAGACAAAGUUCUGGCUGGAGGCCAUUCUAUCUCCGACGACGAAUUUUGUUCAUAUUCGUGAUUGCAUUCUGUGGGAUAAUCGCGGUCCUCGAGGUGCUCAAUCAUAUCUCUCAAGUCAAUUAUGGUAUUGCUUCAUCCGUUGAAGGUCGCCACUACCUGUGGACCUAUGGCCCUACUGCUAUCCUUACCGUGGUUGCUGCUUUCUGGUGCCGAGCGGAAUACCAGGUAAAACAACAUGCUCCAUGGCAGUCAAUGCAGGAGAGGCCAGAGGUGGCAGAAAAAAGUAUUCUUCUGGAUUAUAUUACCCCAAUACAGCCAUUUGCUGUAAUCAAGGCGCUCCGAAACCGACACUUCGCAGUAGCUGCAGGGGCUACCGGUUCUAUGCUUCUGACUCUUCUCAUCAUCUUCUCAACUGGUUUAUUCUCACUACAAAAAGUGGGGUUGCAAAAAGAUAAUGUUCCAAUUUUGUUGUCUAAUUAUUUCAGCGGUGAAAACCCUACAUUUGAUGUUGAAGGAGCGACGCCAUUCGACACUCUCAAUAGUGUGCUUUUCGAAAACGGAGGCUAUCCCGAAGGAACUACCGCCAAUAUUGCUUUUCAAAGAUUUUCAGCUCCAAACAUUUCUUCGAACGCAAUUGUGACCACCGCCAUUGACGGCAUGAAGGCACAAUUGGGCUGUGAACCUGCCAAUAUCACUAUCAAGAAUUGGGAAGUGGAGGGAGUAAUGGCUGCGGACGGCUCUUUCACUGCCACACACCAGAACAUGACCAACGAGAUCUCCACAUCGUCUUGCAAGAUUGAAAACUUUGCUCUUGACGGCGGGUAUGGUGCAUCUUUUCCCUAUGUGGGAGUGUUUGAACAGGGUCAAUGUGUAGGUUCGAAGGAAUCUGACGGCAUGCGCGUUGUUGUGACUAUUGCCAAGGUCCAUGAAAGCUUGGUGUUUUCAAAUCACACUUAUGAUGAUUAUAAUCGUGGAUAUCAACAAAAAAGUGACAUUGUGCUUGACGACUCUGUCCAGUUGAUCUGUAAGCCGACAUAUUCUCUCCUCGAGGUGAAUGCUACAAACAAUGCGUCCGUGUCUUUGUCAAACGUGCACAUCAAAGGGACAAGAUCCAAGAACUCCACUCUCCUAGGCCUAGAGGCAUGGGAUAUUGCGAGUAGUGUUCUCAGUGGCCCGAAAGGUCAUACCAUCUGGAGACCUAUCCAAGAUAACAACCCCUUCAUCGCUACCAAAAACAUGAGCGUUGAUUAUUCGCUGCAAAUCGGUGCGUGGCUUGCAGGAUCUACUGGUAAUAUUGAUAUUCUAUUCCAAGAUGAUAUGCUUAAUCGUGUGGCUUCUGCCUACUAUCGCACAAUGGCUGCCCAGUAUAUAAACAAUGGCCUCGUCCGGCAACGAUCCUCGACAACAACUGGCUCGGCCAUUAUUCAUGAGAACCGUGUCGUCAUGGCACAGCUGCCACUUCGUGCGAUGGAAGUUUGUUUGGCAAUAAUAAUAUUGCUCGCCCUUGUUAUGAUCGUUUUGGCUUCGCCUACUGCUACAACAUCGAUUCCUUGGAACCCGAACUCUAUUUCAGCAAUUGCGGCAAUCGUUUUCAACAGCGAAGCUUUUCGCCGGUCUCUCAGUCGGACUAGUGCAUCGCCACUACAUAUUCUUCAGAGUCGUCUGAAAAUGAGCCGCUAUUGCUCCCGAACCUGUCCAGAAGGGUUCCGUAUUGACACUGUGGAUGACGAACAGAGUAUAAAUGAACAGAGUGAUAUUAUCACUACUGACAAACAAAGCAGCCCUAGCUCCAGCGCCGAUUCCAAACCAUUUCCCAGUCUCAUCUUUCGCGUCACCAUCUUUGCCGCUGUCGCAUUAAUAAUCGUGAUAUUAGAGGUUCUUCUACAUAUAUCCGAGACAAAUGAUGGACUUGCUAAUGUCACCGCCAAUGAAUACAUGCAUUAUCUCUGGACACUUCUACCCUCGCUACUCAUGGAGAUUAUCGGUCUCUCCUUCGGAAGCAUGAGCUUCAAUAGCCGAAUCUUGGCUCCAUAUGCCCACCUGAAGCGGCCCUCGGGUGCAGUAUUCCAAGAAUGUAUGACAGUCAACUUCCUAGAUUCUUUAAGCGUUACAACCGUUGUCGGCUCCAUCCGCACCAGGCACUUUGCUGUCCUCGCUGUGACGCUCGCUGCCUUCAUCACCUCGUUCUUAUCGAUUGUAACAAGCGGUUUGUUCAAUGCGGUGGACACCUCACAAUCUAUCAUCACGAACUUCACGAGGGAAGACACCUUCGACCGCUUUGGAAUAUGGAACUCCAGCCUUAAUCCCGACCUGGACGCUUCUAACGUUAUCACUGCCCAAUAUAUCAUCCAGGGGAACCGAACUUCAUUUCCUCGCUGGACCUAUGAGACGCUUGUAUAUCCUAAGCUCUCAAUGAAUUCUUCCCUAAAAGCAAAUCUCCCCGAAAACUCUUUCGUGGAUCUUUGGGUCCCUACCCUGAGAACAGCACCAUCUUGCCUUGUACAAAAAGGCUCUGAGGUCAACUACACACUCCAACAAGCCACGGAUGAACAACCCGCGGUUAAUUCCAAGACAUCUCAAGUACUCUACAUUGAUCCCCCUCGCAUAGGUUGCGCACCGUGGAGCAAUGGCCAAGGAUGGCUUCAGGAUAGCCGUGAUCUGCUCCAACUCGAAACUGAAGGGUACUUUGGACUCGCCAUCUUAAGUCCGUGUUAUAACGCCAAUAGCAGUGGUGCCAACAUGCCAGUGAGUUACUUCUGGGGUGAGGUUAGAAACGGCUCAGUCACGAACGUAGUGGCCAUGACAUGCGCCCCGGCAGCUGAGACGGUCAAUACCUGGACUCGCUUUCAGCUGCCCGAUUUUGAUAUCUCCGGCGAACAUCCCCCAGUGCCGGACGAGUCUUCGGCCAGCCAAGUUAAAGACCAGUACAUACCGUACUCGCCGUGGAGCGGUACCUCUUCGACAGCAGCUAAUCUGGAUUCUUUCUUCCAAGCACUGGUGUCAGGAAGGUGGGCUAUCCCACGAGAUUAUCUUGGCGAUAUAGGCAAGGUUGAGAAUGUUAUCAAAGCUAUCAAAUUCCAAGACGGGGUCAUGAGAGCACAGGAAUUUAAUGGGAUGACUCGUCUCUCGAAUGAUUCGCUGGGUGUCUUAUUCCCAGGAAAUAUCACACUUACAAACAAUCGUCUCCGACUGAUUCAAGACCCCACCUCGACAAGAAUCCUAGAUGCUCUACUUGCAUCUAUACUUAUUUUGGGAAUUCUAGGCUCUGUCCUCGUGAAUACGGACCAUAUUCUACCAAAAAGUCCAUCCAGUAUUGCAGCAGUCGCGAGUUUGCUGGCAGACUCUAAUUUCUUGGACUGGUACCAAUCAGGGGAAGAUCCGAAUGAUACGUCUCGUGGGCGUAAAAUUUUUGCGGGUUCACGGUUCUUUCUUGGCCGGCAGAAUGGAGGGAGCCUAUCGGACGCUGACUCUUCGUCUAUGAGAGAAAAGGAAGAUACUGAUCUCACUAUUUAUCUUGCUGACUCUGUUGAAGAGAAAGAGUCGACUAGUAGCCCUCUUAUGCCAUGGGCUCUGGGAGAAAGAAAUGGUUGA